UCUCAAAGCAUCUUGCAUCAGCCUGUGGAUGUAUGCCUACCGCCGGGCUCCUUCGCCGGCAAAGUGGAAAAAGAAGCGUUUCACAACAAAUUCUUUUUUUUGGGGGGGAGGGUUGGGGGGACGUAGUGGAUUAUAACUGUGUUCUUCUUUCCGAAUCUCUGUACUCCUGGAUGCACGGAUAUCUACAAGUGGUCUGGAGUUCCAUGCUCUAGAAAGUUCCAAGGCCUGUGGCUUCUAGCAAAGACGCUGUGACAGUUGAAGAGACGCAGAAGCCAGCUGUCGUGGAGGAUCCUGUUGUCGGAGAAUGUUCUGCACCCAUGGAUGCUCCAAUUCCAACACCAUCUUCUGAGCUGACCUCCAUUCCCAGGAUGCCCUUGGUGCUGCUCCUGCUGCUGCCCCUCUUGAGUUCUGUGAAAGCUCAGGUUAAUCCAGCCAUAUGCCGCUAUCCUUUGGGCAUGUCAGGAGGCCACAUUCCAGAUGAGGACAUCACAGCUUCCAGUCAGUGGUCAGAAUCCACAGCUGCCAAAUAUGGAAGGCUGGACUCAGAAGAAGGGGAUGGAGCCUGGUGCCCUGAGAUUCCAGUGGAACCCGAUGACCUGAAGGAGUUCCUACAGAUUGACUUGCACACCCUGCACUUUAUUACUCUGGUGGGGACCCAAGGGCGCCAUGCUGGGGGCCAUGGCAUUGAAUUUGCCCCCAUGUACAAGAUCAAUUACAGUCGGGAUGGCACUCGCUGGAUCUCUUGGCGGAACCGGCAUGGGAAACAGGUGCUGGAUGGGAAUAGUAACCCCUAUGACAUUUUCCUAAAGGACUUGGAGCCACCCAUCGUGGCUAGAUUUGUCCGCUUCAUUCCAGUCACUGACCACUCCAUGAACGUGUGCAUGCGGGUGGAGCUCUAUGGCUGUGUCUGGCUAGAUGGCUUGGUGUCUUACAGUGCUCCGGCGGGACAGCAGUUCGUACUCCCUGGAGGCUCCAUCAUUUACCUCAAUGAUUCUGUCUAUGAUGGAGCUGUUGGGUACAGCAUGACUGAAGGGUUGGGCCAGCUGACAGAUGGGGUAUCUGGCCUGGAUGACUUCACUCAGACCCACGAAUACCACGUAUGGCCGGGCUAUGACUACGUGGGCUGGAGGAAUGAAAGCGCUCCCAGUGGUUACAUCGAGAUCAUGUUUGAAUUUGACCGAAUCAGGAAUUUCACGACCAUGAAGGUCCACUGCAACAACAUGUUUGCCAAAGGUGUGAAGAUUUUUAAGGAGGUGCAGUGUUACUUCCGCUCAGAGGCCAACGAGUGGGAACCGAACGCUGUGUCCUUCCCCCUUGUCCUGGACGACGUCAACCCCAGUGCUCGGUUCGUCACGGUGCCCCUCCACCACCGCAUGGCCAGCGCUAUCAAGUGCCAAUACCAUUUUGCUGAUACCUGGAUGAUGUUCAGUGAGAUCACCUUCCAAUCAGAUGCUGCAAUGUACAACAACUCUGGAGCCCUGCCCACCUCACCUGUGGCACCCACAACCUAUGAUCCAAUGCUUAAAGUCGAUGACAGCAACACACGGAUCCUGAUUGGCUGCUUGGUGGCCAUCAUCUUCAUCCUCCUGGCCAUCAUUGUCAUCAUCCUCUGGAGGCAGUUCUGGCAGAAAAUGCUGGAGAAGGCUUCCCGGAGGAUGCUGGAUGAUGAAAUGACAGUCAGCCUCUCCCUGCCCAGCGAGUCCAGCAUGUUCAACAACAACCGCUCCUCAUCGCCAAGUGAGCAGGAGUCCAAUUCCACUUAUGAUCGCAUCUUUCCCCUUCGCCCUGACUACCAGGAGCCAUCGAGGUUGAUACGAAAACUCCCAGAGUUUGCUCCAGGAGAGGAAGAGUCAGGCUGCAGUGGUGUUGUGAAGCCUGCCCAGCCCAGCGGGCCGGAGGGGGCGCCCCACUAUGCAGAGGCUGACAUCGUGAACCUGCAGGGGGUGACCGGAGGCAACACCUACUCAGUGCCUGCUGUCACCAUGGACCUGCUUUCAGGGAAAGAUGUGGCCGUGGAAGAGUUCCCCAGGAAACUCCUGACAUUCAAGGAGAAGCUGGGAGAAGGCCAGUUCGGGGAGGUUCAUCUCUGUGAAGUGGAGGGGAUGGAAAAAUUCAAAGACAAAGAUUUUGCCCUAGAUGUCAGUGCCAACCAGCCUGUCCUGGUGGCCGUGAAAAUGCUCCGAGCAGAUGCCAACAAGAAUGCCAGGAAUGAUUUUCUUAAGGAGAUAAAGAUCAUGUCCCGGCUCAAGGACCCAAACAUUAUCCGCCUCUUAGCCGUCUGCAUCACCGACGACCCUCUGUGCAUGAUCACUGAGUACAUGGAGAAUGGAGAUCUCAAUCAGUUUCUUUCCCGUCACGAGCCCCCCAGUUCUGCCUCCAGCAACGCACCCACUGUCAGUUAUGCCAACCUAAAGUUUAUGGCUACACAGAUUGCCUCCGGCAUGAAGUACCUUUCUUCCCUUAAUUUUGUCCAUCGAGAUCUGGCCACACGAAACUGCUUAGUGGGUAAGAACUAUACCAUCAAGAUAGCUGACUUUGGAAUGAGCAGAAACCUGUACAGCGGUGAUUACUACCGAAUCCAGGGCCGGGCAGUGCUCCCCAUCCGCUGGAUGUCUUGGGAGAGUAUCUUGCUGGGCAAAUUCACGACAGCGAGCGACGUGUGGGCCUUUGGGGUGACUCUGUGGGAGACGUUCACCUUUUGCCAGGAGCAGCCCUAUUCCCAGCUGUCAGAUGAGCAGGUCAUCGAGAAUACUGGAGAGUUCUUCCGGGACCAAGGGAGGCAGACGUACCUCCCGCAGCCUGCCAUGUGCCCGGACUCUGUGUACAAGCUGAUGCUCAGCUGCUGGAGGAGAGACACCAAGCACCGUCCAUCGUUCCAGGAAAUCCACCUUCUGCUCCUUCAGCAAGGGGACGAAUGACGCUGUCACUGCCUGGCCCCAUUCCGAUGGCCCAGGUCCUUCUUGCGAGACCUACCACUCACUCACCCACGCCUAAGCCACUCCAUCUGGACAUUGAAUGGGCUCAGGAGAUGGAGGCUUGUUGGCUUCUCUCUCUCUGUCCCUGGGCUCCCUUCACUCCACUCCCUCACUCUCUACCCCUGACCUAUAUUUACUCUUUUUUUUUUUACAUUAAAAAACUAAAAAAAGAAAAAAAAGCCUAGGACAGAUAAAAUCUAGUAAAGAAAUCUUACUUAAUAUACCGAAGUGUUGGAUAACAGGCUAGACAAUUUAGAUAAUUUAUAAAGGUUAAAUAUGCUAUGUUUAUAAAUGUGCAGAUGCUACAAUGUUUUUCCCAUGUCACCUUUUAAAAACGUAUUUUCAGAAUGAAAAACUUGAAGAAUACUAAUGUCUUAGGAAACAUGAUGAGGCUUAGGGAAAACACUCGGUAAGUGUGGAGAAUCGGAUGGAAUGGUUGGUAUUCAGCAACUGGUCAUGGAUUUCUUGGUUUCCUAAUUUGGCCCUCUGGACGUGUCCUACCCUCUGUGUUUCCCUCUCCUGUCAUAGCAGAUGAUACGUGCUUGAAAAACCCCUGCUUCUUGGAGUGGGUGUUUUGUUCACUCGUGGGCAGGGGUCAGGGGUAAUGUCUCUGUGGUCUAUUUGCGUAGACAAUACAGAGGAUGUGCAUAAGAGAGAAUGUCUGUCACAAGGCUGUGUGAAGGGGGAUUGUCACUUGCCAAAAAAGUACCUCGUGCACGGAAGGAUUCUUGAACAGAGAAUGGACAUGGGAAAAGAGGUCUGUGGGGGACAGGCAAUAGGUGUGCUAUUCACCUGUGAUUUCUGCAGAAGGUCCUCUUCUCGUUCAGAUGUUUCCAGGUGUGUGUUUUGCUGAGACCCUGGUUUUGAAUCCAUAAAGCUUGGUGUUUUGAUGUCUGGAUCACGGGCCCUUAGGUUCAUCUUCUGUAAAUAUUCCAGCUCUUUUGGCAGAUGUAUCCCCUAGAGGACCCCUCUCUGAAGGCCAUGUAUUGUAGGGAGUAGAUCUGCGUGUUUGCGGAAUGUUAACCAAGGAGGGCUGAGGAGGGAAAGUUACAAGCAGAUGGAUUUCCACUCCUUAUUCAAGAAAGCCUAGUCCACAGAACACACAGGGCUCUGGGGCCACCUCCAGAGGGCGGGGAACGGGGAGGGGAGAGUCCUUUGUCCCUGAAGAGCUUCAGAUGUAGGCUUUCAAACACAAGGUCAUAUGAGAUGGUAUUUAAUGUCUUUUUCUCCCUAAGAGUCCUUGAUUUCAGAGAGACACGGGGUGAGCACAAUAGAGAAGUCAUUCCCUGUUCCUGCUUCGUACACACUCGGGGAUGUCGUGGGCAGCAGAAGAGAAAUCGGGAAGGUCUGGGUUCAGAACUCAUGGAGACUGAUACAUUGUCGAAUGAGUCCCCUCAGAACAGACUGGGAGCUCUGUGCUCCACAACAGCUCAGAUUUAAUGGGAAGCAAGAAAGGAGGCCUCUCCGCUCCUGCUGAGAGAAAUCAGAAAAACUUACAGAAUAAACUUCCCCACCUCAGAAAAAA